GACACCGAACUCAUAAACCCUUAUGCCGGGUUUUUCAACUGAUACCGGCCGCACUCUCCUUUCUCUCUCCGCCACCAUCCCCAAAAUGGACAAUAAACUAGCCACUGCAAUCUCCGCCGCACCGGAAAAGGUCCUUGUUGAAAUUGUGAAGUUGGCUCAAAAGCAAGGAAGGCAGGGAACUAAAGGUAGCUGGAAGGAGUUCCUAAACGUUUAUGAUAGGAAGUUUGGCUCUAGCUUAAGUGACCCGGGGAAGAGGUCACGCGAGACUCUGGUUGCUUUUCUACAGACCUUUACUGAGCAGGACGAUUUGAAGUUUUUGGAGUAUGUUCUUCGGUUGCAUUCGAAUCGUGAGGUCUUAGAGCAAAUUAGAAAAGAAUCCCCAGAUAAUGAAUCUCCUGAACAGAGGCUGGUCCGUUUAACUGUUCAACACCCAUUUUACCUGUCAAAGUAUGCAUUCCCAUCAUAUGACAAGGACUGGGUAGUAACAAAGCUCCCAAAAAAAUCCAAGUUGGUCAGUUCAAAUACAAUUGUUGCUGUUGAUUGUGAGAUGGUUCUCUGUGAAGAUGGUUCUGAUGCAUUGGUCAGAGUGUGUGUUGUGGAUCAUAAUUUCCAGGUCAAACUAGACGAAAAAGUAAACCCUUGCAAACCAGUUGCAGACUUUAGAACUGAGAUUACUGGUGUUGCUGCUGAAGAUUUGGAUGGAGUAUCUUGUUCAUUAGCAGACAUACAAAAAUCUAUGAAGCAGUUGUUACAGAAAGGAACUAUUUUAGUGGGCCACGGUUUACAUAAUGACCUGCAGGCCCUGAAGAUAGACCAUAGAAGAGUGGUAGACACCUCUUUUAUCUUCAGAGGUUUGGAUGGACGCUCACCUUCUUUAGACACCUUGUGUAAGGCUGUGUUAGGAUAUGAGCUUCGCCAAAAAGGUGCUCCACACAAUUGUAUAAAUGAUGCCACUGCUGCAAUGAAACUUGUUCUUGCCAAGAUUGAACGUGGAGUUGAUAAUGACAUCCCAUUGAAACAAGAGGAUGUGUUAGAAAGUGAAAUGGCUAAGCUGCUUCUCCAUGGCAUACCAAUUGAUAUUCCUAGUAAAGAAUUACAUGGAGUCUUUUCCAAGAAAGUUACUAUUGAACCCAAGCCACCUAAGAAAGCUCAAGGAGUGCAAUAUUCUGCACUUGCCAUUUUUAAGGAUCCUCAAGAGGCACAUCAGGCUUUUGAAAACUUGAAUGGGAGGUUAGAAAAGGACAAAAAUGGACUGGAGCAGAAAACGAUAACAUUUAAACUUAACGCUGGAACAACAGCUAGUAUACAUGUUCGUAAAAUGGCACAUGAUCAUUCUCUUCAUCAAGGUUUGCUUAAAAAAAGAGCUUUUCAAGGCGAAAAUUUAGUUGAUCCCAAGAAACUAAAGACCGAUGAUUGUGACAAUCAUUUGAAAGAGAUGGAAAGAUUAAAGCAAGAACUGAAAGAAAAGGAUUUAGAUCAGUGCAAUAACCACUUGAAAGAGAUUGAAAGACUAAAGAAAGAUCUGAGUGCAAAAGAUUUUCAAAUCUCUGCUCAGGAUAAGAUCAUAAGUAAGCUGAAGAAAGACCUGGAAGAAAUGAAACACAAGAAAAAGAGAUAGUAAAAACUUUGCUGUGAUUUUUCAUACCUGGACUGAGAUCUUCCCUGCUGACAAAGAUGUUACUGGUUCACAUAAACGUUUAUGAAGAACGUGAGACUCCAAUCUUUUGGUCAUCCGGCCAUGAUUGCCGAGGUAAAAGGACUCUCCAAUUUUGUUUGCUUAGUUGUAUGAUAGAUUCUCAAGAAUUUGUAUUCUGUUAUGCAAUGUUUGUGUAGUAAUAUAUUUGGAUGAGAUUUAUGUAGCAAUUUGAGAUUAAUUAAUGGCAGCAAAAGCAUUCAGUUUUGAGCUGUUGA